CGGACUCUCAGUUUGAGCCGCUCUAUCCCGCGGUGGUUUCUCGUUGUGCAGUAGCCGCGCGCUGUGUGUCGGUACCGGGAAGAUGGCGGUCAGGGGAGCCCUGCGCACCGAGCUGGCGGAGGCCGUGUCCAGCUGCCGGCUGCUCAUUGUGGGGGCCGGAGGCAUCGGCUGCGAGUUACUGAAAAACCUGGUUCUCACCGGAUUCACCAACCUCUACCUGGUGCGACCCCCCCGGGGGAGGGAGACAGGGAGAUACCGGGACCGGGGGGGAGACAGGGAGAUACCGGGACUGGGGGGGGGAGAGAGGGAGGGAGGGAGGGGGGCACACCGGGACUGGGGAGAGAGGGAGGAGAUACCGGGACUGGGGAGGGAGACAGGGAGAUACUGACUGGGAGAGGGAGGGAGGGGGGGCAAUACCGGGACUGGGGAGAGAGGGAGGGAGAUACCGGGACUGGGGAGAGAGGGAGUGGAGGGAGGGGGGCAAUACCGGGACUGGGGGAGAGAGGGAGGGAGAUACCGGGACUGGGGAGGGAGACAGGGAGAUACCGGGACCGGGGAGGGAGAGAUACCGGGGAGGGGGACACGGGGAGAGAGGGGGAGAUACCGGGAGGGGGGGACAGGGAGAUACCGGGGGAGGGGGGGAGCUGGCAAUUCAUAGUCUAUUAGUAGAUGUAAUUUACCCGCCACCAGCUUCCCCUUCUCAUAUAAUAUGACAUCCCUCAUAUAAUAUUACAUCCCCCCUCCUCAUAUAAUAUGACAUCCCUCAUAUAAUAUUACAUCCCCCCUCCCCAUAUAUUACAUCCCCCCUCCUCAUAUAAUAUGACAUCCCUCAUAUAAUAUUACAUCCCUCCCAUAUAUAAUACAUCCCUCCUCCUCAUAUAUUAUUACAUCCCCUCAUAUAAUAUUACAUCCCCUCCCCCCAUAUAAUAUUACAUCCCUCCCUCACAUAAUAUGAUUCCUUCCCCCCUCCCUCAUAUAAUAUUACAUCCCUCCUCAUAUAUAAUGUCAUUACAUCCCCUCCCCUCAUAUAAUAUUACAUCCCCCCUCCUCAUAUAUGACAUCCCUCAUAUAAUAUUACAUCCCCCCUCCUCAUAUAAUAUUGCAUCCCUCAUAUAAUAUUGCAUCCCUCAUAUAAUAUUACAUCCCCCUCCCCAUAUAUUACAUCCCCCCUCCUCAUAUAAUAUGACUUCCCCCCCUCCUCAUAUAAUAUUACAUCCCCCUCCUCAUAUAAUAUGACUUCCUCAUAUAAUAUGACCCUCCCUCAUAUAAUAUUACAUCCUCUCCCUCUAUAUAAUAUUAAGUAUCCUCCCUAUAUAAUAUUACAUCCCUCCCUAUAUAAUAUUACAUCCCUCAUAUAAUAAUAUUACAUCUCUUCUUCUCAUAUAAUAAUAUGACAAUUCCCUCUCAUAUAAUAUUAUAUCCUCCCUAUAUAAUAUUACAUCCCUCCUCAUAUAAUAUUACAUCCUCUCCUCAUAUAUAUUAUGUUACAUCUCCUCUCCCUCAUAUAUUAUAUUACAUCCUCUCUCCCUUAAGCAUAUAUAUUACAUCCCUCUCCCUUUUCAUAUUAUUAUAUUACAUCCCUCCCCUCAUAUUAUUAUAUUACAUCCCCCCUCCUCAUGUUAUUACAACUCUCCUUCCUCCUAUUACAUCUAUUCCUCUUCCAUUUCUUAUUAUCUUUCCCAUAUUAAAACAUCUCCCCUCCCUCGAAAUCUCCCCAUCCUCUUAUUAUUACAUCUCAACAUGUUAUUACAUUCCUCCCAUGCCCUAUUCCUUAUAUUUGUCUCCCCAUCCCCCUAAUUGUAUUAAAACCUCUCCCUUCCUACCUCUCCCUUCCUCUUAUUACAUUUCCACAUGUUUACCUCCCCCAACACCCCCUUCCUUAUAUUUGUCUCCCCAUCCCCCUGCUCAUAUUAUUACAUCUCCCCACCCCAAUAGCUACCUUCUCCUCCUAUUUGUACAUCUCCCGGCCCCAAUAGCUUCCUUUUCUUAUAUUAUAUCUCCCCACCCCUGAUCAGCUCCCGCUCCUCAUACCAAAACAUACCACGAUAUGCCUCUUGUUAAAGAAAUGUAGAAUUAAGCUCAUCUCAGCCCAUUUGCAUCAAUCACUUGCACAUUCAUUUUGACAUUUUCACAUAUUGUUUUUUCCCAGAUUGACCUGGACACUAUUGAUGUUAGCAACCUGAACAGGCAAUUUUUGUUUCAGAAGAAGCAUGUUGGGAGGUCUAAAGCUGAGGUAAUUCAUAUAUGUGCGACAUCAUCAUAUAUACAUCCACGCUGUGCUCCAAGUAUGAGAUAAAGUAACAAUAUACCUGCAAUUGAUUUAUGGCUUUAACAAUAGACGUCCCAAUGGAUGCAGAGUAAUAUGUCCCUCUAAUGUGCGUCAGGUAGAAUCACUUUCAUUGAUCUACAUGUUGUACUAGGCAAAUUUAGCAUAUUAACCACUAAAACCCUAUAUCGUGGUUAUGGUACCAGGCGUUUCUUGGCGCCCUCCUGGAGCAGUUUGUUAAAUCGUUUAAGAAUGGAAGGCUGUAAUGGUUAUGGUGUGUGAAUGAUUUAUUUUUUUAUAGUAAAAUUGACAUAUAGAGCUGAUGCACUGAGUGCAUCUGUAUUCUUUUUCAUCCACAAUACAUAAUGCGGAAUCACACAGUGUUCAUUGGCAAGACAGACAUGGUUAUGUGUCAUUGCUGCAGUAACCGGAUGACAAUCCUGCUGCCAUUCAUUGGCAGGUUGCUCUCUGUUAAUGAAUGCUAUGCAUGUGGACAUCCAGCUUCAGCUAAAACCCUAUAUGAAAACAUUAAACUGUGCUUUCCUAUAAAGGGAAAAUUCCUAAUGUGGGUGUGGCCUUAGGUCUUUUGUCAGGUUAGUGACAGGAGAGGUUUGUUUGUUUGUUUUUUAAUCCCUUCUGCAUCACGAGGAGGGGGGAGUUUCCCUUUAAUGUUCUUGUUCUGUAUUUCUUAGUAGUGUAUUCACUUGGCACCAAUUUAUAGAAUUUAGGGUAAAGAAGCUAUUCACCAGUGUGGUGUUAGUCAAAGAUUGUAGCAAAUUGCAAUUUGACCAAAUCCAGACAGAAAUGUGUAAUUGGGGAACAUUGUCCAAAUCCACUAGUCUUGUGUUGGCUCUUUUUAGCCUGAAUAUUGCAAUUUUUAUUGCAAGUCUUUUAUCCCUUAGCAGUUUGCUUACGCAUAAAAUCUAAAAUUAUGUUGUAGUGUGUGCAUGUACAUCAGUGUCCGUAUUGCAGGAGGCAGCAGCCAAUUUCAGGUAUCUUAUAUCUUUAACUAUACGUAUGCUGGAAAUCUUUCUAGCACUGUGUAUAGAGUCUGUGCACAAUAAAAUGAUGCUGGAUUUCUAAAGUAGAAUCCUAAAUUGCCACUGAAUGUUCUUAAAAGCAUAAAAUUUUACUGUCAGGUUCUGAACAUUGCAGACCCCCAAGGCAUAGUAAUGAAAUGUCACUUACAAUUUAAGGUGCUAAUUUAGAAAUAUAUUCUGACGCGUUUCUCCACACUCUGGCAAUUGAAGCUAAACCUCAAUUUCCGCAUUGCACGCUGAGAUAUUUACAUCAUUCACAUAAUGUAUAUCCUGCUGUGAUAUUGCCUGUUGGGAAUGCACUGUACAUGAGUGAUUCCAAUCGCUUACAGCGGUUUUAAAUGUGCAAGUAAUGAUUUCAUGAUUGCCCGCUGUAUAUUUAGUUUGUUUUUUUACUGCUGCAGAAAGUGAUUGCAUUAUAAACUCUGCUAUUGCGUGUAAAGGGUAAUAAAUUGUGUAUUCUUUAUAGGUGGCAAAGGAAAGUGCUCUGCAGUUCUGCCCCGAAGCCAACAUUACUGCAUGUCAUGACAGUGUCAUGAGGUAAGUUGCCUUUUUAUUUUCUGAAGGGUUUCAUUUAUUUUUACAUUUCAAUGUUUGGAAUACCGCUAUUUCUAUCCUGAGUUUGUAAUUAUGUAUAUUCUACUUGGUUGGCUGCCUCGGUGCAUUCUCUGUGCUUUGUAUUUUUGAUGCUAUGGAGCCACGGCUUUAAAGGAACACAUAACUGUAUUCCUAACACUACAGUGUCCCUCUGCCUAAGCACACUCAUGCCACCACUAUGACAGGGUUUUUCCAGUUGUCUAAUUCCAGUGCCGCGGUACGGCUCCUCCUCCAGCACAUGCAAAUAUAUAAAUAUAGACGAUAAUCUUUGGUAACAGCAAUAUAUUGCACUCUUUUGUUUUAUUUUGUCAUUAUAAUAGAUAUUAGAUAACAUAAAAGAAAAAUUCUGUAAGAGAAAAGACAUUUGGAAAAUAGUAACUCUCUCUUUGAGGUUUCUAUGAAAUCUGAGAGUACAUAUGAACUAUAUUUUACUUUAAGCUAUAGGAGAUCUGAUUUAUGCGAUGUUAUACUGGAUAUAAACCCUGCUGAAACCAUUUGCCAUUAAGAAUCAAUUUUAUUUAGCUGAUAAGUCCUUAGAAAUAUUUGUGUAUUACGCUUUCAUAGCCCAUGUCUAAAGUUGUAUAUAUCAGUUAUGUUGUUUUAGUGUUAACCAAUAGGAAUGACAUGUGGCUUUAUAAACAGAUGAUAUACAUACUUGGCUAAGGCCAUUUUGGCCAUGGCAUCAUGGUUUUUGUCCAGGGCCAUGUGUAGCUUUAAUAAAGAAUAACGUAUUCACUUUAUACUUCCACUGUGAUGCCUGUAUCUCUUUUGGAAGAUUUAUUCCUCCUCUGACCUCAGCUGUUGGGGAAAUCCCAGUGUGCUUGCAUGGCAAGAGGUGCACGCAUUAGGCCUUCCCGAUAGGACAUCAUUGACUCAGCUUUUCUAUGGUGAUUUAGAAGACUCUGGACAUCCACAGUCGUUUCACAGAAUUAAACUAAAUGAAACAGCCGGAAGCACCUCCAGUGCCUGCAUGGUAGACAGCUACUACAGACAGUCUAAACACUGCAAUGUAAACUCUGUGGUUAAGGAAAAAGGGACACUGCACCCAGACCACUUUCAGUAGCAUUUAAUAUAUUUCUACUGAACAUUGAACUUAUAUCCUUUUUUUUAAAUCAAUAUCAAUGUUAUAACAAAGCAGAUAAAACAAAUACUGGAAGAUUUCCUUAAUGAUAUGUUUUACGGAGGUUGACAGGACUUAAUCUUAAUGAUAUUUCAGGAACAAAUUCAGUUCAGGAAAAUCACCUUUUCUUGGUUGUUUGCUCUCACUCUUUAUUUCUACUUAGCUGCAGUUUGCGUGGUUGUUAAACCUCAAAUUCUGUUUUUUACAGCCCUGAUUACGACGUGGAAUUCUUCAGGCAGUUCACAUUGGUCAUGAAUGCCUUGGACAACCAAGGUAAUGAUUUCCAAAUACGUUCCUGAUCAUCUUUUAACUUACUGCCAUUUAAAAUUGCCAAAAGAGGCAAGCUGGAAAAAUAGAGAAUUUUUCCACUUUUGGCAUUUAAAAAAAAUAUAUAUAUAUAUAUAUAUUUCACAAAGACCUUGUCAAAUCCUUCCUCCUCUAUUGCUUAAUCAUAACAGACUGAUAUUUUAUCUAUACACAUUAGAACAGAGGGUAGCACAGUCUAUCCUCUAUAGGUUAGUGUGAUAGAUACACUUUAUAUCUUGAAUUGGGUUACUCUACUUCUGUCUGAUACCUAUUGUUACCCUUUUAGCUGCCAGAAACCACGUGAACAGGAUGUGUCUUGCUGCAGAUAUUCCCCUGAUUGAGAGUGGGACUGCUGGCUACCUCGGCCAGGUCACUGUAAUUAAGAAGGUUGGUAAACCUUUUAAUUACUCAAUAUCUUUGGCAUCUGAACAGGGUGGGUGGUGGUCAGUUUCACAGUUUGUUAUUCAUUGUAUAUAAAUGUUAUGUGCUGGGAGGGUAACUUUUAAACAAAAAUUUUUUUAGUCUUUAAUAGCAUCAGCCCUGGUGUAGGAAUGUUAUUACAAAAGACAGGAGAGAAUAAUCAGACCAGAAGCAUUGUGAUUAGCUUUGCAUAGUUUGUACAUUUCUCCUGUAGCAUCACAUUUUAUGCAGAUUUUAAUUUGUUUUGGUUUGUCCUGAAUUGGAGAUUUAACUGUCCGGGGGAAAAAAUAUCAGAAUAUUUCCAAAUUUUUUUCAUUCUUACAGUUUCUUCGGGUAAGAUUUCAAAUAUAUAUGUAUAUUUUUCUCUUGUUUUAUGAACCUCCAGGGAGUCACGGAGUGCUACGAGUGCCAGCCUAAACCCACCCAGAAGACAUUCCCAGGAUGCACCAUUCGAAACACACCAUCUGAGCCUAUUCACUGUAUUGUAUGGGCCAAAUAUCUGUUCAAGUAAGAUUCUCAUUUACCAGGCCUUCUGUGCACACUCUGCUUCAUAGCAUUUAUGUUGAUAUAUUGAAAGUGCACGAUUAAAGAGGAACUGUCACUUUUCUGGCAUUUACACCAUUGAAUAAAACAAUCUAAAUUACCUAUAUCUUGUGAGAUGCUAUGUUAUCUUUUAAAUUUAAAGAUUUAGCAAUUUACAGUAUAUUCCAAAUAAAUAAGGCAGGCUAAACAUUUCAAAUGAAGAGGUGAAAUACAUUGUUCCAACUGCCCUCUUCUCUUUAUGCUGACUGCCGGGUGCAAAGGAAAGUUUACAACAAUGCUUGACAGGGAGCUAAGAUGGAGGCAUCCAGUUUCAUAAUAAAGAGGUGUGAACUUCUAUAUCUGCUUUUAUUUUUUACACCUGACAAAUACAUAUUUGAUAACAAUGGGGAUAAACCUAAUAUUAAAAAUCCUGUAAAGUGACAGUUCUUUAAAUUUUAUGGUAAAUCUGGUAAUACUUUCUGCUGGGCCAGUUAAAAUCUGUCAAGGUUUGUGAUGACUCUUCCUUCACUACUAUUACCCAAUACAUUUUACAAUAUUGUGCUCCCUGUUGGUGUGGAAUGCAGAUUAUAUUCACAGACACAGGUAACAAUGUCUUAUGCUUAUUUUAACUUUAGCCAGUUAUUUGGGGAAGAAGAUGCAGAUCAGGAAGUGUCCCCUGAUACCGCUGACCCGGAAGCAGCCUGUGAGUUGUUAUUCUCUGUUUUUCUUACUCCCCUCUUCUUAUUUACUUAACUGUACUAGUGAAACCUCUUCAUCCUGCUCCUUAUGUGUUCUAUACAGGGGACCCAACAGAUGCCGCUGCAAGAGCCAACGCAUCAAAUGUUGAUGGUGAUAUAAAGAGGGUUUCAACCAAACAAUGGGCAAGAUCAACUGGCUACGACCCUGUAAAAUUGUUCCACAAGGUAAUAAGAGAGAAUAAUCUAUUGUGAAAACUGUGCACUUGUGUUUAUUUGUAAAUUUAAGGACAUUCGGUUUAGCCUUCUAACAAGCAGAAAUAAUAGACCUAAUUAUUAUUUUUAAAGAUUUAAGCACCCUUCGUGCACUGUGUCCCUAGUGGCAUUCCUCAUCAUGAAUGUAUACAUUGUAUAACACCCAUAGAAGUGAGAUUUUAAAGCAGUAUGAAUUGCCUUCUGGUAUUAUACAAUUUAUAGUGCUAUGUAAAAAAUCUUAUGGGAUUGUGUGUAUUUCUGAGUUCUGUCAUAACCCUGGAAUGCAGGUCUGUCUUGUGUUUUUAAAGCGCAAAAAAUACUUUGGUACCUCCCUAGCUUUCAGCUUUCUUUCAGCAUGUGUUACCCUUAUUUUGCAUCAUCUAUUCUGUAGAGCCCCAAUGUUCCUACAUGACCUGGACAUUCCAUAGCAGGAUACUUGCAGUCAAUGGUCCUUCGUGAGUUGAAACUUAAUGAAGAACCUGUUCCUGUGUUGUUCAUUUUGCAGCUCUUUAAAGACGACAUCCGAUAUCUACUGACAAUGGACAAACUUUGGAAGAAAAGGAAGCCUCCUGUGCCAUUGGACUGGGCCUCAUUACAGGAUAAAGGUAGAUUGGCAAUAUUUCCAAUUAGUGCAAACAAAUGUUAUGUAAAUAAUUGUGGGUUGUUUUUUUUUUUUCCUGUCACUUAUAUUUUGUUUGAGAUGUGGUUUAGCCAUCACAGUGAGGUUUUUAUCGCCUUUUGUUCUUGCAGAAAACAAUUCGUCAGAAGAGCACAAUGAAACGACUCCACUCGGACUGAAGGAUCAGCAAGUUCUAGAUGUGUGCAGCUACGCUCAGUUGUUUUCUCAAAGUAUUCAAACCUUAAAAGAACAAAUCUCUCAAAAGGGGGACAAUGCGUCCCUUGUGUGGGAUAAGGUAAGGCGAACCAAGGCUGGGUGAUUAAUACUUGCUAGGAUAAUGUUGCAAAAACCAAAUUGUGGAAGAUUAUUAGAAAGCUUCACUUCAGUACAGAACAUGUACUGUUUUUGUUUGAGCCCAGGCAUCACUUACAAAGUACCCACACAGUUUACUAGCCGGGAAACUUUAUUUAUUCUGUGGAUUUUCCAAAAAGAAUAUUAUAGAAGUGUGCUUCUCAUUUUUCCUGUCGCAGUCUAGCAGACCAUUCCAGGGCUAUGUUGUUUGGAUAUUGAAUCUGUCAGUCUUUGUAUAGAUGUGACCUUUAAAAGCAAAAUUAUGGACCGCUCAUAUGGGACAAAUAGUUUUUGGAAUCCUUUUGAAAUGAUUUUAUGGGAUAUUUUCUCAUUGAAAGUGAAGCUUCUACACACACAAUUUAUUCACAUUUAGGUUAUGGAAACAAAGAUUUUAUAUUUUUAAGCAGACUUUGAUAUGCAGUACCAUUUAACCCUCAUCGUGGGUAUUCCUGUAGAGCCGUUGUAAUAAAACAUGUAACCAUUUUUGUAACCAGAUACUUUCCUCGCUUUAAUUUUGUGUAAAAUGUCUGUUUGUAGGACGAUGCCCCAGCCAUGGAUUUUGUCACAUCCGCUGCUAACCUCCGAAUGCAUAUCUUCAGUAUGAACAUGAAAAGCAGAUUUGAUAUAAAAUGUACGGUUAUUUCCUUUGCAUUGUUGUGAUUUGUGGGCCCAUGUAAAGUGAUCUAAAAAUAUCUUAUGUCCUUAAUUUUAAAAUGUUUUUUCCCACAGCAAUGGCAGGAAACAUCAUCCCUGCAAUUGCCACCACCAAUGCUGUGAUAGCAGGUCUGAUUGUAUUGGAAGGUUUGAAGAUUUUAUCUGGUAACAUCGAGCAAUGUAGAACUGUAAGUUGCUUAUUUGUAUUACCCACUAACUAAUUUUCUUCACAUUGCUCUGUUUUAACAAAAUUAAUUUCACUAUUUUACAUCUGACAGGUUUUCUUGAACAAACAACCAAACCCACGGAAGAAACUUCUCGUCCCUUGUUCACUUGAUCCACCAAACUCCAGUUGUUACGUGUGCGCCAGCAGACCAGAAGUGACUGUGAAGUUAAACGUUCAUAAAGUGACUGUGCAGACAUUACAGGAUAGGGUAAGCUUGCGUUAUGGUAGAAGAAUUGUACGUAGCACGCGUGCACCUGUGCAUUGUAACUUUGUGUGAUUUCCAUAUUGAAAAUACACUUAUGUACUCUUUAGACUUACCAGUGUUUAAACGCACAUGCAGGAAGUGAUACUGCAGGCUGAUGGUGACGGGACACUCCACUGCCCAGGUGCAAAGAAUAAUAAAUAAAUAAAACUAGACUUUAAGAUGACUAAAAUACGACUAAAACUAAAUUGAAAUUCGGCGACUAAAACUAAAUUAAUAUUUGGCGAAAAAAUAAACACUGCACAGAGGGGCUGUGGAAGGUGCAAAAGAGGCCUUAACUAAACCCAUUUAAUUUUAGUCAUGUUGACUAAUAUACCCCCAAUGAAACAGUGUUAAUUUUGUCAACUAACAAUUUUUGAGAUUUAGUCGAUUUUAAAACUAGACUGAAACAAUUCAGAUGACUAAUAUACGACUAAAACGGCUUUUUAGUCAAAAGACUAUGACGAAAACUAAAUUGAAAUUUACCGCCAAAAUGAACACUUGAAAGCAUCCAUGCAUUUAAAAUGCAUUUUUUCAUUGCAGGCUUAUCUAAAACGGCUUUCAAAAGCUACAGAUCUUGUAUAAAACCUUUGCAAGCCCUCCCCUUUCUGUCAAAUCGUUUAGGAAUGGGUUCAUAUAAAUUGAGGCUCCUCCUGGCACAGAGGGUCCACCACCAUCUUUGCCACAUUAAAGGAAUACUAUAGGCACCAAAACAACUUUAGCUAAAUUAAACGGUUAUAAUGUAUAGAUGAUGCCCCUGCUGCCACACUGCUCAAUUAUCUUCCAUAUAGGAGUUUAUAUAGCACCCCCUUGCAUGUGACUGACUCAGCCUUCCUAAGCACAUUCUGUAAAGAGAGAUUUAAAGUUUAAACUUCAUUUAUUACCCAGUGUGUUGAAUUUAGAAUUUCUAAUCUUCUGCUCUGUUUGUGGCCUGCAAGAGCACGCAGAGCCUUCCGUGUGUGUGCUUACCAGUUUAAUUUACUGAGUUAAAGGAUCACUAUAGGGUCAGGAACACAAACAUGUAUUUCUGACUCUAUAGUGUUAACACCACCAUCUAGCCCCUCUGGCCCGCCUAAAAAUAGUAAAAUCUUAUCAAUGCAUCUCUAUGAGGAAAGUUCAGUGUUUCCAUUGCCACACUGCCCCAGAAAGCACUUCUAGUAGCCAUAUGAGAAGUGUCAAGUGGGGAGGUAUCUCUAGGCUGUAAUGUAAACACAGCAUUUUCUCUGAAAAGACAGUGCUUUCUGCAAAAAGCCUGAAGGGAAUAAUUCUACUCACCAGAACAAACACAGUAAGCUCUAGUUGUUGUUCUAGUGACUAUAGUGUCCCUUUAAUAAUGCGGAUUAACUCUUCUGCCUUAUCAAUUUCUAUUUUGUCCAACCUUGUUGAUAUUAAUUGGCUGAGAGCACUGGGCUAAUUCAUCCCCAAUCACUCUCAGCCAAUCCCCACUGUCCAGAUUGUAUGAAAUUGAGAAUGAGUUUAUUUUAUAAAAGUGUCAAUUUCUUUUGAAAACUGUGUAAAAUUAACAAAAUACUUGUGUGUAUUUCCUUCCUGUUAUUAGGGACUUUAUUUGUGUCUGCAUAGAUAUUUUAAAAUGUAUUUCUGUGACUUCAGAUUGUAAAAGAGAAGUUUGGGAUGGUGGCACCAGACGUUCAGAUUGAAGACGGCAAAGGAACCAUCCUAAUCUCGUCCGAGCAAGGGGAAACUGAUGGUGAGAGUGCUGUUUUUUUUAAUUUACCAAACAUUGCUUAAAAACCAUAAAAUUGUAUGUGUAUUCAUUGUUUUGUCUUAACAAUUCCAGCAAACAACAAUAAAUAUAUAUCAGAAUUUGGCAUUCGGAAUGGCAGCCGGCUGCAAGCUGAUGAUUUUCUUCAGGACUACACUCUCCUGAUCAACGUUUUACAUAGGUGCGUGUGGCUCCUGUUUCCCAGCAGAUAACCUUUCCAGUGCUAUGUCUAGCAAAGUGUUAUCCAAGAGUAUAGAACCAUUUAGCCAAUUUGUACAUGAUGUGCAAUAAGUCAUUGGUGAUGCUGUUUUCUCUUUGAUCAUUUUUUUUUUUUGCUUCGCAUUCUAGUCUACAGAUAAACUUAGCGUACAGUGUGUCAGAUAAGCCCCAUACACAAUCCAUACUGUAGUAAAAUAUCUGAUGUUCAGGGUUUUUAUUACUAUUUAGCUUUUUCCAUAAUGCUCUGUAUCUAAGACUAGGCAGGAAUUAUGGCGGUAGUAGUGUACGUGGUAAGUUCAGGAUUGCGGCUGGGUGUUCACAUAUUCUUUGGAAUACUGAUACAGUGCAAAUAAUAGGCUUAGCGUUGUUGUUUUUAUUAUUUGAUAUCGCAGUGUGCUUAAUCUUUACAUGUAUAAUAAUUGUCAGCAAGUAGAAAGUGGUUGAUGUGAUACAAGGCAUGCGUUUGUUUAUUUUUGCUAAUUACUCCUCCAACCUUAAAGCUAUCCAUGCAGGGUCUUUACGUGUUUGUGUUAUUUUGUUGGUAGUGAAGACUUGGGGAAGGAUGUGGAGUUUGAAGUUGUAGGAGAUGCCCCUGACAAAGCUCCCCUAAAACCCACAGAGGAAAGUGCUAAAAGCAUCACCAACGGAAGCGAUGAUGGGGCGCAGCCUUCCACAUCCACAGGUAUGUUUCCCUUCCUACCUCAUCCAGCCAAUAACUGCAUUCUAACAGUAAAUUAAUGUAUCCACAUCUAUCAAUACCUGUCCUGUUAUACACUGAAUGUGACAUUGUUUCCAAUUUCCACACGUAUGCCUGCCCUACUUUCUACACAGUUCUCCAAUGUAAUCUGUAAGCCACUUCUUUAUACAAACUGUCAUUCAGCUCUUUAACACACAAUGUGUCCACCCACUUCUACUUGGCACAGCUGUUAACAUACACUGUGCCGUGCCUUAUUCCGUACCCUGUUAGGCAGUGUGCCCAGUCUUUCUUGUCUCUAGCAGAGUGUUGAGACCAAUCAGGUCUCCAUUUCGGCAUCUUACGUAGGGAAGAGCAUUUCUCUCAGCUUCCUGUCAUUUCUUUGACAACAACUGUUAUCUACUAAAGUGUGAAUGGUCAGGAACUAAACAAGAAUUUCAUAUUUAUGGUCAAAGUAGCCAAACCAGAAGAAUAGCUGACUGGGAGAAUUAUUCAAUUUUGACUAAUUUGAACUUAAAGGGACUCUCCAGUGCCAGGAAAACAAACCGUUUUCCUGGCACUGCAGGUCCCCUCUCCCUCCCACCCCGCAUCCCAAGUUGCUGUAGGGGUUAAAACAUCCGGCGGGGGAGACCUAAUGCACAUGCGUGGCAAUGCUGCGCAUUAGACCCCCCCCCCAAAGGAGUUAAGCUUGCAAGGUAAAUAUUUCAGUUUAUGAAAACUGCAACAAUUACACUUGCAGGGUUAUGGGUAGUGGGAGUUGGCACCCAGACCAUUCCAAUGGGCAGAAGUGGUCUGGGUGCCUGGAGUGUCCCUUUAAAUUUGAAAUUUACUUUGAAUUCCCAACAAUUCUCACUUUAUUAAGAGGAAAAAAACAAACUGGAUUUACUCGUGCAUUCAUUAAAAGAAAAUACGGUUUUUAUUUUUGCAAUCUAUGCUUAUCUUUUUAUUCUUUUUGAUCAUAUUUAAUGAUUCAUUUUUAUGCAAAAUUGUCAAGCAGUUGCAUCAAUCAGGAAGACAAUGAGAUGUAGUGGUUUUUGGGUUGUUGCGGUUUAUUGCAGUAUUUUUAUUGAUGUUUGGUAAAAUCUUGGUAGAGUUUCAGAAGCAAGUCGAAAAAUGCUUCGACAAUGUCUGUUUGUGUGUUUAUUUUCUACCUUUAUGCUGUCAAAGUCUAAAUGUAUAUUUCCAUCAUUGUUGUGUGCCUUUGUUUCACUAAUUACUAACCUAUAGUUAAGUGAUGCACACCCUUUUUACAUCUUUAUUAUUUCCCUCUUUUAAAAAGCUCAUGAUCAUGAUGACGUGUUAAUUUUGGACUCUGAUGAAGAAAGCCCAUCCUCCAGUAAUGCUGAUGUCAACAUGGAGAGCACAAGCGUAAAACGGAAGCUAUCCGACGAUGGGGUUGUCAGCGCCAAAAGGAAGCGCUUGGAGCCACAAGAAGAACCGGACGAUGAUAUAAUUGCCCUUGACUAAGAAGUGUUCCUUUAGCAGGCUGAACUUUUUUUAUUACGUCAUUUGACUUUUAUUAGGGUGUGUUAAAUAUCCAGAGCUAGAUGCCAGGCCCUGAGGGACUGAAUCUACCUAUGCCAGUGACCUAUUUCCAAAUUUUCUGUGAAUUUAGUAAGCCCAGAUUUAUUUAUGUUUCGUACAACCUCAUGCUGCAUUACAUACAGCUGCAUCGCUUACCUUGUUUUGUUUAAAUGUGUUUUGUGGUUUAGCAAGAAGAACUGUGGUAUAUCAAAGGUUUUCUUGGGGGGUUGUUUUUUGACUCCAAUAUUUAUGUCUCUUAUUUUGUUACAUUUUUUUUAUUUUAGAAUAGGAUACGGCUAGCGCUAAAUGUUUCUCACACCCUAAGCCAACUCUGAAACCGUUAUCAUUUUACACAAGUGCCAUGACGAACCCUUUUUGUGGAUGCUGGGGCCUUUAAUCCUAACAUUUCUAGUAGUUUUGUGGCCUGGUCAGCAAACAAACGAGACAUCUGCAGGCGCUGUGUACGUUAUUGUAAAACAGUUCAUUUCUCUGUUAUUUUUCAGCUUAUACUGCCUGAUUAUGUCUGCGCUGAGCAUAUUUUGUGCAUUGUUUCCAGGUUAUUUAUAUUUGGUGUUUUGUAAACCUCAAAUACAGCUACCACACUGUACCUCCUUAAUGGACCAAAUAAAUGCCAUCUUGUUAAUGGUAGCCUGCAACAUAUGUUCUGAGGACCAACCAACAUUUAGCUCAUCUUGGAAGGACGUGCACCAAAAUAAACAGGGAAUCUAUGAUUUUCAGCACCAAGUCAAUAAAAAAAACAUGUUUUCUACCCAAUUUUCAUUCUUGAAAGAGCAAAACAAAAAGGGUAUUUUAAAGUAUACUAUAAUUGGCUUCCAGGAGAAAUUGAUAUUAAAUUUAUAUUUUUGUAACUCUUCAAUGUGGUAGUCAAUAGUGUAGUUUUGUUUAUUAUUGCAUUAAACCUAACUUUCGUGUUGUAGAUAUUGGUACGUAUGAAAAUUGACUGUACAGUAUAGAAACAUCCAUUGGAAGCUUGGUAAUCACUGUUUAUUUACUACGUUUGCCCUACAUAGUAUUGUAUGCAGAAUGCUGUGACCUGGAAGAAAGGGAAUGGGUGUAGAUAGACUUGUUAACACUGCAAUCACAUAUUAAGGUGUGACUUCAUGUUUCUUGAGACUAUUCACUGUUAGUCACCUGAAAUUGCUGUUACCAGACAGAUUUCCCAGAUAUUGGUAUAUACUUAGUUUUUUCAUUUGGUAGCUAAAUGUCAGUUCUCACAUUGCUUUGAUAAACUCCUUAAUGGCACCAGUACAAGCUCAGGGGUGUAAGGUGUAUGGUCACAUUUAGUUUUCUGAAUGUUAAAGGGAGACUCUAAGCACCAAAACGACUUUAACUAAAGUGCUUUUGGUGCAUAAAUCGUACCCUUGCAGUCUAACUGCUUCCCUGGCUGAGACUGACACAACCUCCCUAUAUACAUAUUGAAAAAGUCUAAACUUCUUGUUUCCAUUAUAUAUUGUCUCCUGCUUGAAUCUGCCAAAGCUUUCUAUGUGUGAUUUUUAAAGAUCUUAAGUAAACACACUGUGCUGUAAGAGCUAAUAGAAAAUGCUAUUAUUUUUUUCCAAUAGAAGAUGAUUGAGUCACAGUUAAUGAGCUGUAUUACUGUUCAUUGAGAGCAUUGGAAACCAG